GCCUUUGAUCAUAGCUGGAGGUGGAGGGGGAAUUAAAAGAAUGACAGAACAACAUCCAGGAUGUGAUGCGUCCAUAAACACAACAGGGAAUGCAGGAUACAACUCGCCACUGGGGUCAGGAGGAAGCAGUGGAGAUGGGGGAGAAACCAGUGGUCAACUUCACGGUGGUGGAGGUGGCGGCUUCUUUAGUAAUGGAAAGACUGCAAACUGUGGAGGGGGACAAGGUGGGAAAGGAGGUAAAGGAUAUCUCCAGGGAGGAGAGGGCGGAGCGCAUCAGGGUGGAUUCGGAGGUGGCGGUGGUUUUUGUGCAAGGAAGAACGGAGCUGGUGGUGGUGGUGGUUACUCUGGGGGAGAUGGAGGUAGGAGUAACGCUAAAUCUUGUGGGGAGGGAGGAGGAUCUUUUAACAAUGGGACAAAUCAGCAAAAUGAAUGUUGUUAUAACAGCAAUGAACAUGGUCGAGUGGUUGUCACAUUUCUUCAGUGAAAUGCACAUUGUAGCAAGUUCCUCAAAGUGAAGUGGAUAUUCUGUUUUAAAGGCUGAUUGUUGUUAGUUUUCAAACACACUAAAGAUUUGACUUUGAUUUGAACUACUUUUUGUUAAGGGAUUUAAGGUGUACACUAACCAGCUCAACCCUUAGAUUUUAAAGUCGUUUGCAAGUUUAGAUCCAAGUUUAGAUCUACAAACAGUAUCUGCUGGAAUAGGUCCUUUUUUGUGAAUAUUUUUACCUUAAGGAAUUUAUCUUCUACAAAACCUGUAAAACUUUUUCCUUCUCUGAGGUUCAGUGGAAACAAAUAAUGCUUUUUGUGAGCAUUUUUAAAACUUUCACCUGUUUAUCAAGGUCUAGAGUGCCUGAUCUAUCAAUAAAAAUAAUUUUGUAGCGACGGACAAAGUCUCCAAGAUCAACUUAAGAGCUCGUCACACUUUACAUCUAAAGCAGCGAAGAGUCCGGAAAAUUAGGAGAGGGAGUCACUGAUAUGUACGAGGUGGGCAUCUACAAAACAAUAUCCAUGUCUUUAAAUGCCAAAAACUGUUUGGCUCCGGACUAGCCGAGCUUGCUAAAUGAUAAUAGUUAACGUUGAGUCAGUGAUUAAGAGAGCUUUCAGUGUGACCACAGUACGGGCUCACAUGGAGAGGAUCAGACUUGUUCAAUAUUUGUCGCCAAAACUAUGAGGCUAUUGACUGUGGGAUCCGAGCCUAUCUUCAUUUGUUUUAUUCAGUUUAUCUUUAUGAGCAUUUUUAUUCUGAAAUAAAAAAUACAAGAGCAACUGUUCAAGGCAAGGUUAAUAAAUGAAUGCGUUAUGAUCCAGCCGCUUUUUGAAAAAAAAUGCGCUUUUUUUUUUAACAAUAUCCAUGUCUUUAAAUGCCAAAAACUGUUCGGCUACUGACUAGCCGAGCUUGCUAAAUGAUGAUAGUUAAGGUUGAGUUAGAGAUUAAAAGAGCUUUCAGUCUGACCACAGUACGGGCUCACAGGGCGGUUGUUCAAUGUUUGUUGCCAAAAGUAUGAAGCUAUUGACUGUGGGAUCCGAGCUUAUCUUCAUUUUUUUUAUUCAGUUUAUCUUAAAAAAUACAAGAGUAACUGUUCAAGGCAAGGUUAAUAAAUGAAUGCGUUAUGAUCCCGCCGCUUUUUUGUCAU